GGUUGAGGUUAUGUUAUUUUAUUUGUUUACGAAUUUUUAUUUUUGUAAUGAUUACAAAGAAAAAUCAUUGGGGCUUCGUUCGCGUUAGAGGCUACAUUGAUUUUUGGAGGCAGUGUUUUUAACUCUUUCCCUCUAAUCUCUUAUCGUUUGUGUGUACGUUGUUUAACGCCAUAGAUAGAAACAGAAUACGCCUAGAGGCCCGAUCAUAAGUUGUAUUUCCUUAUCAAAGAGUCACAGUGGAGCAAAGUAUCCUGAGACUCCUACAUGGUCCAGAGCCCGAUAAAGUAGGAUCUCACACAAAUCGGGCUGGCAAUUGCCUUGCAGCAGAGCCAUCAAGUCAACAAGACAAGACAAAACAAGACAAAGAAAAAUAGAGCCAUGAACAGAAAACAAAAUACGCCUAGAGCUUGAAUAUAAAAAAGUUACAGUACAGCAAAGUGUCCUGGGACUCAUACAUAGUCCAGAGCCAGAUAAAGUAGGAUCGCACUCAAAUAGGGCUAUCAAUUUCCUUGUAGCAGAGAUAACAAGACAAGACAAGCUUAAACACUGAUAGUUAUACUAGUUCAUGCUAUGGAAAUUCUCAAAUCAGGAAAUGUUUUAAAAGCUCAUAUAGCAGAAAAGGCUGCUGUAAUAUAUUGUAGUUCUAAAGGAAUUAUUAAAGAAUAUUCUUUUAAAACAGUGGUCGAUACAGCACAUCAAAUAAAACAAUUUAUUUUAAAAGCAUCACAAACACCUAAUCCAGACAAUCGGGAAUGUAAAUAUGGUUGUUUUGGUUUACUAAUGAACAAAAGUCCUUUGGUGCCAUCCUUAUUAAUUUGUUUUCAGGACCUUAACAGCUGUUUCGCUUUUCUAACUCCAAACACAUUGAAAGAUACUGUAAAACUACUUAAUUUUCAAUGGAUAAUUUCCACCGAGAGCAGUUCUCUACUUAACAAUCACUUUUCUAAUGAGGGAACUUUAGAUAUUCUGCCCGAUGAAUCACUAAUUUUGUGGAGAAAUCUUAGCAAAUGUCAAAAUGAAUUUUUUAAAGAUAUAUUCUGUGUACAGUAUACAUCUGGAACAACAGGGGAGAGUAAAACUGUCAGGAUUCCAGUAAAAUGUAUUGAGAGUAAUGUUGUAAGUUUAAACAAGCAUUUUAAAAUUACUUCUAAUGAUAGAAUUUAUUGGGGUACUCCUGUGACCUUUGACCCUACUUUAGUUGAACUAAUAUUAGGGCUUUCAUGUGGGGCUACUUUAGUAAUGGUAUCCACAUUAACUCAACUCAAUUCUACUUUGCUCUAUCAAGCUCUUUUUAAAGUCUCAUCAGUAACAUUUCUCCAGAUGGUACCAUCUAUAUUUCUCAGAUGGAACAAAAAGCAAAUCUCUCAAAUAUUGUUACAGUCAUCUCUUAAAGUAUUAGCUCUUGGGGGUGAGCGUUUUCCUCAAGAAAUAUUGGGUUUUGAAAGACACAGUGACUUAAGAUUGUAUAAUUUAUAUGGUGUAACAGAACUUUCUUGUUGGGCUACAAUAGAAGAUUUGUCUGCUUAUGAUUUUGCAUCUGAGGUGCCUUUGGGGGAAUGCUUAGAUGAAGUAUUUAUAAAUAUAGAACAUGUAGAUGGAAAUGCAGGAGAAAUAUGGAUUGGAAGUAAUACUCGGUAUUGCCUCCUAAGUAACGAAGAUGCUACCAAAACAUUUCCUUUUAAAGUCCAAACAGGUGAUUUAGGUGAAAUAAAAAAUGGGAAAGUUUACUUUAGGGGUAGGAAAACUCGCUUAGUAAAACGUUUAGGGCAUAAAAUUUUAUUACCUAAAUUGGAAGAGCAGAUUUUUUCAGAAACUGGUCUUCACAGUAGAUUAGUUUAUUCUUAUAAGCGUAAGAAGCUGCUUGUUUUUGUGAUCCUAGAGGAGCAAUUUGACAAAUAUAAAAAAUCAAGAGUUUUAGAUAAAAUGAGAGUCAAGUUGCUACAGUUUCUACCUGAGCAUGCUUGUCCGGAUUAUUUCGAUGUUUUAACCCAUUUUCCAGUAAAUAAACAUGGAAAGAUUUGUGAUAAGUUGCUAGAAAGAAUAUAUGAUAAGGCUAUAGUAGAGAAUAUUGAAGGCAAUUGCCCUCCCGAUAAGAUUUUUGAGGAUUGUCUUGGUAUUUAUUUGAGGACCGAUUUAUCCAAUAAAGAUUUUCAGGAAUAUUCUUUUUUUGAACUAGGAGGGAAUUCUAUACUAGCAAUACAGUUACUUAAUGCUUUUGAGAUUAGAAUUGGUAAGGAGAUUCCUAAGGAAUUAUUUAAUCUUCUUAUUAAUGAUAGAAUUGGGUCUUGUUUGAGUUAUGUAAGUCAUCAUUUGGGCUUUAAAAGAAAAAUGUAUCAGGAAAAGAGCGAGGACGUGAAUAUGAAAAAGAUAUUUAAAUGCGAGGAACAUGCGAGUCAGUUAGAUUGUAUUAGGUGGAAGUACAAUUUAAAAGGAUGUGUUGAUUCAUCACCUUUAGCCUUUCAGUAUAGUGAAAAAAUUUAUGUCGCUUGUGGAAGUUUUGCCCAAGUGUUUGCCAUAAUAUCAGAAACUGAACAGAAUUAUGCCACCUUUAGUUUACUACAAGAAAUCGAAGCAAAACCUUCUAUUUCGGAUGAUGGAAGCAUGAUUUAUAUUGGCUGUAAUAACGGUUUUUUGUAUGCCAUUGACAUGAAAAAUAAACAAGUUACUUGGGAAUAUCAGACAUCACAACCAGUUAAAUGUAGUGCACUUCUCAGUGAGGGUAAUUUAGUAUUUGGAUCAUAUAGUGGGGAUUUAUAUUCAUUACAGCAAAAGAAUGGAGCAGUAAACUGGCAGAUAAACCUUUCUGGAAGUAUUAAAGCAGAUCCUAUACAAGAUUGCCUCAAACAGGUAUAUGUGGGUACUACAAGAGGUGUUUGCUAUUGUAUAAAAAUUGAAGAUGGUAAUAUUUUAUGGACAAACACCAUUGAAGGACCUAUAUUUGGAACGCCAUGUAUUGUUAAUGAUAAUUCAAUAUGGCCUUGUGUGACUGGUAAAGUUUAUUGUAUCUUGUCAUCAGGAAUUAUAUCUUGGACAGUUCAGGCAGAAGGGCACAUUUUUUCUUCUCUAAUACCGCAUUAUGAUCAAGUAUUUUUUAAUUGCCUUGACUCUUAUUUGUAUAAAAUAGAAACCAACCAAAGAGGCCUUUCGAAGCAUUUUCAAUUAAAAUCUGAAACUACUUCUUCGCCGUUUUUGUAUAAUUUUAAAGGGAAAUUGUUUAUAGUGUGUGUAAGUAACUCUGGAAUUUUGACUGUUAUUGAAGGGUUAUCGAAAAAGUGUAUUUUUAACCUACAAUUACCGUCACAAAGCUUUUCAACGCCAUAUGUUAAAAACGAGAAUGUUUAUGUUGGCUGUAGGGAUAAUAAUUUGUAUUGUAUAAAUAUUGAAAAUUGUUUAAAAAAUUGACUAUAAAGAAUUAGGGUAAUUUUUAUACCUAUAGUAUUGAUAGAUUUCAAAGAAAUUCAGUGGUAAUUUGACUAUUUAUUUCAAAUUUACAGGAUAUCAGGUUUGUAAACUAAGAUCUAUUAGCUAAGAUUAGAAAAAAAUGGAAACAAAUUAGAAUUUUGUCAAUAAGUUUGUAAAUUCGUUCAAUAUAGAUAUACCUAGAUCUUACGGGACUAU